UUGGCAACUCUGCGAAAUAACUCAAAAUCCACUUGCUAUCGUGAGAAGCGGUCUAGUGCAAAUUAAGUGAAAAUGGCUUCCUUGUGUAGACAAUUUGUACGCGUAAAUGCUCUCCGAAGUGUUCUUCUAACUUCUGGUCGACGGGGAUACGCAGACAAAAUGAUGCCAGAUCCCAUGGAACACGCAACUGGUCUAGAAAAGAAAGAACUGCUUGCACUACAAACGGGCAACGAUGAUCCUUUCAACAUGAAGGUCCUAAAGAAGGCAGCCGGCACCCGUGACAACCCCACCCUCGUGCCCUCUUGCUUUGAUGCGCGUAUUGUAGGAUGCAUAUGUGAAGAGCACGCCACAUCAAUUAACUGGCUUUGGGUACAUAAGGAACACCCCCGCCGCUGCGAGUGCGGCCACUGGUACAAACUAAUCGAGAAGACACCCCUCUAAACACCGCCGUUUCCACUUACCUAGCUUAACAAAUAAUUAGUAGUGGUUAUAAAGUAUAAUCAACAGCAUCACUCGGUACAUAUUCCACACGUUCCUAUGUGAUGCGCCGAAGUGUCGACGUUAAUUAAAUAAUUGUAAGCAUUCAAUUCAGCGUUUCAUUCGAUACGUUACCAGCUGUGUUGUGUUAUCUGUUAACGGGAAUUAUUUUAUGUAGAUAAAUUAAAAAACACUCAAAAUCUUA